CAUUUCUGCGAAGCUAUAUAAAUACAUCUCCUAAGCUAAAGUAGAUAGAUGUGGGGGAAGAAUAACAUGGACUGUAUUGUGAGCCAAUCCAUAUUUCUUCCACUACUGCUGCUUCUUUUUAUUUCUUCAUGUGCUCGUGGCCACAUCCCAGUACUUGGAGUGCAAAGAAGGGCAUUCCAAAGUACACCCCAACAAUCAGAUGGACUUGCGACUUUCUAUUACAAACAACCCCUUGAUCAUUUCAAUUAUCAACCUCAAAGUUCCGUUACAUUCGAUCAAAGAUAUAUCAUUGAUUUUAAGUAUUGGGAAGGUAUCAAUCCCAAAACUCCUAUCUUUGCUUACCUCGGUGCCGAAAGUGACAUUGACAAUGACGUACCCUACGUCGGCUUUCCUCUUCGUUUCGCCUCUCAAUACAAGGCUAUGUCAGUAUAUUUAGAGCAUAGAUUUUAUGGAAAAUCAAUACCAUUUGGUUCACUAGAGAAGGCUAUGAAAAAUGGAAGCAUUAGAGGGUAUUUUAAUUCAGCUCAAGCCUUAGCAGAUUAUGCUGAAUUGCUCUUGCACAUCAAGAAAAUGUUUGCAUAUGAUACUUCUCCAAUUAUAGUUAUGGGAGCCUCGUAUGGUGGAAUGCUAGCUUCAUGGUUUAGGCUAAAGUAUCCUCACAUCGCUCUUGGAGCCCUGGCUUCUUCAGCUCCAAUUCUUUACUUUGACAACAUUACACCACAAGACGGAUAUUACUCCAUCGUCUCCAAAUCUUUCAAAGAAACGAGCAAAACGUGUCAUGACACCAUACGUAGAUCAUGGGGUGAAAUCGACCGAAUUGCCGGGAAGACUCAGGGAGGGCUUUCGAUUUUGAGCAAGCAAUUCAAAACUUGUGGGAAAUUGAAGACGAGUUCGGAGAUUAAGAACUUAAUGGACAAUGUGUUCACAAUGGCAGCUCAAUACAACGAUCCUUACGAGAAUCCAGUGAGAGGCAUAUGUGUAGCCAUUGAUGAAGAAGCAAAGAAAAAAAGUAAUGUGAUCAAGCAAGUGGUUGCUGGGGUUAUUGCUUAUUUAGGGGAAAGGCCUUGUUAUGAUGUCUAUGAAUUUGGCUAUCCUAAUGAUCCCCUUAACCAAUAUGGUUGGCAGGUUUGUAGCGAGAUGGUAAUGCCCAUUGGCAGUAGUGGUAGGGACAAAAACUCAAUGUUCCCACCUUCACCCUUCCGGUUCAACGACUUCAAAACUAUGUGCAAGGAUUUGUAUGGUGUCACACCAAGGCCUCAUUGGAUCACCACUUUCUAUGGAGGCCAAGACAUAAAAUUAGUGCUGCAUCGAUUUGGAAGUAACAUCAUUUUCUCUAAUGGAUUGAAAGAUCCUUACAGUAGUGGCGGUGUAUUGCAUAAUAUAUCUCAGACCAUCGUUGCUAUUACCACUCCCAAAGGCUCUCAUUGCUUAGACAUAGCAUCAGAAAGGGAGGAUGAUCCUGAUUGGUUGAUAACGCAAAGGAAGAGUGAAAUGGAUAUAGUUGAUGGUUGGAUUUCUAAGUAUCAAGCUGAUCUUUUGCUAUUCAACCAAAGUGUUGGUGCUACCCACUAACAUAUUCCAAAUUCACAACGUGUGUUAAAACAACCAAAAUGCCAAACUAAAGCAUAGUUUAACUAGUACGUGAGAAGAAUUACAUAAACAAUAAUAAAAAGAAAGUUGAAAUAUAUAUUAUAGAUAUAUAUUAGAUGUGAGUAUCUUCCUCUCUUUAAAGAGAUUUAAGUCUUUACUCGUUUGUAUUGUCAUUAAAAAAAAUAUUAAACUUUUACAACAACGAAAUCUUUCCGAAUGUUACUAGAUCCUUAGCAACAUCAUUGAUAGAGAACAUAGAAAAAUGUGUCUAAACGCUCAUAUGUUGUAAAUAUAGUUAGACGUGUGGGCAUCUCCUACUCUUUAAGGAGACUAGUUUGAAACACGUGUGAUAGCACACGAGAAUGAUUAGAAAA